ACAGAGGUCCCUUUAAAUCAUCCCUUUCUCAAAUCCCCUUGCCCCUUCUUCUCCCCAGGAUCCUUCAUUUCACUUCUUUGAGUUCUUUCCCACAUCAUAUUCUUUCCAAUUUUAACCCAAAAUAACCAAAACCCAGAUCAACAAACCAUGCAAACCUACGGCUUAACCAUCCCGGGAGCCGAUUCCCGCCUCUACAUAACACCCAUCUCCACCCCCCGACCCUUACCCGACCCAAAACCCAGUUCCUUACCACUGUUCCCGUCCCGGACCCGGUUCGGGUCGGUUAAGGCCAAGGCGGCGACGGUGAACGGUGCGGUGGCUGCGGCGGCGACGGAGGAGAAGGCGAUGUCUUUCUAUGAGCUGCUGGGGAUACCGGAGUCGGGAUCGAUAAGGGAGAUAAAGCAGGCGUAUAAGCAGUUGGCGAGGAAAUACCACCCGGAUGUGUCGCCGCCGGGUCGGGUCGAGGAGUAUACGGAGAAGUUUAUUCGGGUUCAGGAGGCGUAUGAGACGUUGUCGGAUUCGAGGAGGAAGGCUAUGUAUGAUCAGGAUAUGGCUAGGGGCCUUCACCUUGCUUUCUCUGCAAGGAGAUAUCAGUGUGAUGAGGGCAUGAAAGUAAAAGGCGACUGGAGAAAUCGCUGGGAGAGCCAGCUUUCUGAGCUGAAGAGAAGAAGCUCAUACACGGAUGAUCGACAAAACAUGUCAUGGGGAGCUAGAAUGCGGCGGCAAAGAGAGGGACUAUCUGAUGAAGUAUGAAUAAGUUAUUUUCUUAUGGAUUAAAUACUUGUGACACCCUAUAUUUUAAGUGUAAAAACAGUUUUGUCCUUCUAUUUUCAAAUUUAAUCUGUAUAUCCUUUAACUCUUAUUUAGAGAUCUAAUGUAUAUAAUGCUAUAUGAACAUACUUUGCUUGUGGUUGGUUUUAGAGAGGAAAAUGAAUCUGCAAUUUAGUUGCCAUUGCCUCUACCGAGCAAAGAUGGUACUUGUAAUAUGAUCAACCAGAUGGAUGUUCAAAUAGAAAAUUGUACAGUAGUUUUUCUGAUUUGGACAACCCUAACUGUAGGCAAGGUUAUUUACAUAAAGUUUUGUUGAUAAACUUGGUCAUAACCCAUUUUCAGAUUUUCUCUGUAUUACUUGGCAAACCUUAUUGCAAUAAUGCUGAUCAAGUCGAUCUUUACAGAGGCUUUAGCCCUAC